CGGCUGGUUCGGUGAUGACAGUGCAGUGUUAGCUCAGCUUUCACCACUCCAGCGACAGAAGUUGGACCAGUAACUAGUUAAACAUCCCAGACAGAGUGGAAGGAAUGAAAACUCGGGCCGGGAUGACUUCGUACUUCGACGAACAUGACUGUGAGCCAACCAAUCCUGAGGAACAGUACAGACAGAAUGCCCUCCUAGAACUGGCCAGGUCACUAAUGCAAGGCUUGGACAUAGACUCAGGAUGGUUGGAUGUUUCUGACUGGGACCAACGCCUCCCCCCUCCUGCAGCAAAAGCGGUGGUGCAGAGCCUGCCUUUGCACCGUAUAACCCCACAGCAAGCAGAUAAAGGACUGAAGUGUCCCGUGUGUUUGCUGGAAUUUGAGGAGGAGGAGACGGUUCGUGAGAUGCCCUGUAAACAUCUCUUCCACUCCGGCUGCAUCCUGCCCUGGCUCGGCAAGACCAAUUCAUGUCCACUCUGUCGAUUUGAGCUGCCCACUGACAAUUCUGACUAUGAGGAGUUCAAAAAAGACAAGGAGCGGAGAAGACAGAGAGAACACCGUCUGGAGGAUCUGCAUGGAGCCAUGUACACUUGACCUCAUCACCACCCCCAACACCCCUCCCUUUCGCCACUCAAAUGCACAUUUCAAAUGCAGGGUUUAAUGACGACGUGCUGCCUCAACAGCUGAAAGGCGUGUCAUUGAUCUGAGGUUGGACCAUGCUCUGGAAGCUUCUCUUCUACUUGAAAACAAUUAGCUAUUUUUAAGAAAAAAAAAUGUAAAAUACAUUUUUGUAUGCAAAUGCACUAAGAUCAGUGUUUAAAGGACCUAUGAAGUCUACAGAGUGAUAAUUCUUUUAAUGUCCUGUGAUCGUUCGUUAAGAGGAAUUUUCUUUAAAAGGUUUUUUUGUGCAUAAGAAUUGUGUGUUGAGAAUUGCUGGCACUGUUAUCUUUCAGGUUUAUCUGUCUAUUUAUUUCUGCUUUUUUAAUAACAUUUGACCUCUUUCAAUUUCUCAAAGUGUAAAAAUAAAGCUGAGGAACUUGCAACAUGUAUGUGGUUAGUGUAGUGCACUUCAAACUUUGGUGGUUCCGACUAACUUGGUUCAAACCACUGUGAUCCAUCUGAGUUGCCAUGGUUUUCAGAAACAGCCAUUAGUAGGAUGAUCAUCAUUGUCUUGGAAAUACACCCCAGAUCCAAUCCUCCAGUGUGUGUAGUAAAAAAAUCUACCAUUAUAUAUAAAUCUAUACAUUAUAUGUGAUUUAUUAUUUGUUUCUCUAUUAUCCAAGUACACACUUAUUUAAGUACAAAGCAUAAUAAGAGAGUAAUGGUCAGUCAUUUAUCAUUAUUUUUAAAAGAGCUUUUCUUGUAGGUCUUGCUGAUCUAUUUGAACCUGAAAUAUAACAGACAGCUUGUAAUAACUA